UGCGAGAUAAUAUGAUAAAGCGACAAUACAAUCAGAACCAUGAAGUUAAGUGACAAAUAUUCGCCAUGGUGUACAUUGAACAUCUUCAUUGUCCUCAUUCAUCAAUCAUUGAAUAGCAUGACACACCAACGAAUGGGACCGGUCUGCUAUAAUAAAGUGGAAUCUUUUAUACGAAAGUCCGAUAAUUGUGGAUUUCACAUGGAAGAAUUUCUUUCUGCAAUAAACGAUACUCGAAUUUUGAACCCAUCAGAAUGUGGAAAAACCUGUCAUUUAUUCAUAAACAAUCCACAGCUGAACAUGUCUAAACCGAUUUCCAUAAGUUUAAGGACCGCAUUCAACGUGUAUGGUAUACAAUAUACAGCCAGAAUUGGAAAUGUCAAGACUAACAAUUGCAGUCAAAAGGACAUCGAGAACGUCCGCGUUAAUUUGAUUUGCGGAUGGGAAUCUGGCUCAUGGGAUACCUGUUAUAAAGGAAAGAAAUGCAGGCAAAACUACGAAGUGUGUAAAGAUUUUUUUGACGAUUGGGAAAGGCUUUGUACACGUGCCGCUUCUGUAGGAGAAGCUUGUUAUGACGAGAGAGACUGCAUAGGAACAGUCAAUGCUACCCGAUAUCGUAAAAAGAUUCAUGAAAGCUGUCGUACAGAUAAACAAUGCACAGGGACUCCUAAAGCAGUGAAAUGUCGCUAUGUCGAGGAGUAUCAAGACAAUGUGUGUGCCUGCAGUGGAGGUUUGGAUUGGGUGAACGGAGACUGUAUUAAACCCAAAAGAAAACUUCUAGAAUUUUGCAACGAGGAGGAACAGUGCGACUCGGACUUCCAAUGUAAACGAAUUGGCGAGAGAAAUGUUUGCUCCUGUCAAGAGGGAUUCGAGAUCUUCAAUGGAAAAUGUUUACAAGUUGAUGUUUCUCUUGGAGAUGAUUGCGAGGACGACAGACAAUGCACCAGUAUAGAAUGUGCUAAAUGUGUUUACAACGAGACUAUCGGGAACCAUUCAUGCGCCUGUGAGGAGAAAUGUAUUCAAAAUGGCAGUAGAUGCUUACUUUCAAACCGCCGUCUGUAUGAAUCCUGUGAAGUAAGCAAACAAUGUAGAGGGACUCUGAACGCCAAAGAAUGUAGAUAUGUAGAGGGAAUAAAACUCUGUCAUUGUCCAGAUGGAUACGCCGUGUUUGGUGGGAUUUGUUUAGAAGGUGGAGUAUCAUUAAGAGGGAUAUGUAUAAUGUCUGAGCAAUGUACUGGUACGCAAAAUGCAGGAACGUGUCUCUACUACAACGAAGAGCGGGAAAAUGUUUGUAGCUGUGAUCAAGGGUUUUUUGAAGAGGGCGAAAAAUGCUUAGAAGGAAAUGUCUCCUCUGGACAGUCUUGUGUAGAAUCAACUCAAUGCAGUAGUAACAGUGUGGUGUGUGUACAGGGAGAAUCAACACCUGACGCAGACAGAGAUAAAAGUAUUGCAGGAUUUACCAGAAGACUGUUGUUUGUUGGAUUCGGUUCUUUUGUUGUCGGAGUACUUGGUACAGUGUUUGUAUUUAGAUGUCUCUGGAGAAGAAAACGUCGACAUGAGAGGUUAGAUAUACAAACACAGGAGCUGGAACUCAACCUCAAUGCUUACGACGUCCAUAGCGAGAUCAUUAACGAAUCAGCAGAAAAUAAUCCACCAAGGCUUGACGAGGAGGCUGUGGGGGGACUCGCAGACAUCUGCAGUGCGUGUCAUCACGUUCACCAUAUAGAAAUUUCGGAAGUUCCCGUACAGAACGUUUCUGACGUCACAGAAUGUGAAUCCCCUGACGAUCGCGAUACGUACAGUCAUCUUGCAGGGUGGAGAAAGGACUGUGUCUGACAGAAAACCUCCGAAAAGAACUAACUACCACUACCAUCUCCUCCACCCUGAGAAAGUCAAUCACGCCAGAAGAUUUCUAUAUGUGUGAAAUGCAACUGAUUUAAGGAAUAUUACGACAGGCUUGGGUUCAUUCAUAAUAUUUACAUUCACUGAAUCUUUUCUCAUAUAUUUCUUUUGAAAUUGGCAUUGCUUUCAACACACAAUGAAUACUCGUUUGUUGAAAACUAGCUCGAUCUGGUUUUCUAGUACCACCUGUAUGCAUAAUCAUGACCAAAUAUGGAACGUCAACAAGGCCAAAGGGUGUAUUGGCUGUUUCGUUUAACGUAAAAAUGGAUCAACCAUAUAUUUUAGAACUUAAUUCUAGUUUAUAUUUUAAAAAAUGUAUUAAAAUGUAAAUAUACACAAUAAAAUGUCUUUCUCUGUUGUUUCAUUGGGUGAUAAAGGUAGCAAUCAUUGCAGAAAAAAUUUGCAUAACCCGCAUUUUUUCUGUUAUGUUGUCUACCUUCAUCACCCGAUGAAACAACAAAGAAAGCAUUUUAUUGUUUAAUUCAAGUACGCUAGCAUGAAAAGUACAGCAGCAUGCAAUAUAUGACAGAAAUACAUUUUAAUUCAUUAUCCAUGUUUAAUAAGUUUUGUUUCUUUUGAUUAUUUUAUCUAUGCGAAAUAAACAUGCUUUUUUCUGAGAAAAUUUUGCGUUAUAUAUGAGGACCCAUUAUACCCUAGACCCAUAAUUAAUGUAUUACCUAGGGCCUAGUUACAGCUGAAUCACUGACUCAUGACAGAGAAGUAAAUAAAUGGUAAUUUUUAUUUUGAUAAUGAAAUGUUGUACAAGCAGCAAUCAAAUUGCACUUAAUUAGGCAUAAACAGAUUUACAAGGACUUUCCAAUGUACGAUUGAAUUAUUCUUGAUCCAAAAAAAAAAAAUUAUUUGGUCGACAAUAUUGGACAAGAGCCUUUUUCCAAGUUUUGUCACCAAUUCUCCAGACAAUGAAAAAUUUCUCUCUGAAGGCACUGUGGCAUGCCAAGAAAGCGGUUUUCAUUCCUGGACCAUCAAAUUUUUAUCAUUUUUACUCACAAAAACACUGAAGAAUUUAUGAAAAUUACUAAAAAGCUAUUUUUACGAGUACUCGAUUAUGAAAAAUGUAGUCAAUGAUCGGUAUGACCAAGCGAUAGUUGAGUACUCGUUGACAUCCCUAAAAAUUUCUAUCUAAAUCAGUAUUUUCUCUCAAAAUUGGAAAAAAAAUAACAAUGAUAAUUUCUUUUAUUUACACAGGAUUGCGAAAAUUAUACAAACUAGUUUACAUUGUGGUCCUGUGUUUAACAUAUAUACAUAUCAAGAACAUAUAAUUAUUUUAAAACGUGAAAAUAUCACAGUUAAUUUACAUACAAAUAAGAACUACCCAAAACGAGACCAUAAAAACAUGAGUAUUAUUGAGAAUCAACAUGUUUGAGAUAGGCUUAUUUCAUAUAUGUCCUAGUUUUCUAAUCAUUUUCUAAGAAAAACCUUUUCCUAUAUAAUUUUACAGAUACAUACAAAAUUGAUAUUAAAA